AUGUCUUCUUUCCUUUCACUGAAAAAGGCCGCUGUUCUGGCAGCCAUGGCGCUUGUCCGUGUGCAGGGCGCCGCUCUGGCCGACUCGUGUCCCCGCGACAUCCCGCUAUCGUGCUCCAAUUCCACCCCGGUGGCGGAUUCCUGCUGUUUCGAGUUCCCCGGAGGUGUGCUUCUUCAGACCCAAUUCUGGGACUACUCGCCGUCUGUGGGGCCAGAGGACUCCUUCACCUUGCACGGGUUAUGGCCAGACAACUGCGAUGGAUCCUACAGCCAGUUCUGCGACUCGUCGCUGCAGAUUUCAAGUGCUACUGACGUGCUCACCUCGUUCGGCGAAACGGAUCUCCUCAACACCAUGAAAACGUAUUGGAAAGAUUACCAGGGCGACGAUAAUAACCUCUGGGUGCACGAGUUCAACAAACACGGCACCUGUCUCAGCACUAUCAAGCCGUCCUGUUAUCAGGACUUCAAAUCUAACCAGGAGGUCGUGGACUACUACAAAAAAGCCGUGCAGCUCUUUGAGAACCUGCCUUCGUACAAGUGGCUCGAGGACGCGGGCAUUGUGCCGUCCGAUACCGCCACAUACACAAAGGAUGCCAUCGCCGAGGCGCUGCAGUCCAAGUUCGGCAGACAGGUCUAUUUCAAGUGCGAUUCCAACAAGGCCUUGAACGAGAUCUGGUACUUUUACCAUCUGCACGGCUCUGUGGUGCACGGAGACUACGUGCCAAUGGACUCGAUCCCCACGUCCUCGUGUCCAGACUCGGGCAUCAAGUUCGUUCCGAAGAACUCGGCCUCCACCACCACGGCCACCACCGGCACCGCUACGCCAACCUCCACCGCUGCUCCUGGCUCCUCUGGCUACCUCAAACCAGACGGCCAGUCCGGCUGUCUUAUCAGCAACGGCAAAUGGUACGUCUCGGGAACCUGUGCCACCUACAAGCUGUCGACCGCCAGUUUCGGUGGGUACGAGCUGACCUCGUCGAAGGGUUCGUGCGGUCUCGACUCGGACGGUAAUUUUGCAUGUGGCAGCAGCAUCACUGCUGGCCAGUUCGACUACGAUUCGUCCUCGGGCUACGUCACGUACGGCGGCGAGACUGGCUGGUCGGCCCCAAAAAACCCAUCUGGAACGGCCCAGGUCGCUGUCCAACCCGGCAGCGGCGAGAGCGUGCAGUUCAAAUUGACGUUCCAGGCAAAAUAG